AUGUCCAAAGGCACCGGGAAGAAGCACAAAGGUCGCUUCUCUGAGUCUAAACUACUCGGAUCACAACCAAAGGACGGCGACGCCAGCGGCAGUGACCAGGACGAAAGUGGCGACGAAGCUACCAAUGGCCCAGACUCAAACAUGUUCAUCAUGCUCCGCAAGUUUGUCGAGAAGCAGCUCGCAUCCGGAAAGAAUGCAAGUGCAAGGGAAACCAAGUUGGAAAGCGAAAUAAAGACCCUUUUUGGAGAUGCACGCGCCGCCUCGGCGGAAAGAAAGACAGCGUGUGCUGCAUAUCUUGAUAAUAUGCUUAUGAGCAUCGAAAGCACUCUACAGACUGAGCAAGAACCCGACUGUGAGGAAAUCCUCAAGUUGCUAGGUGCUCGCGCGAAAUAUGCAGCCAAGGUGACGUCGAAACUGGAAGCAUUGCCGCCUAUCAACGGCCAGCUGGAUAUGGCAACAAAGCAAGCCAACGACCACCUAAAAGAUCGUCAGGGACUUCGCGCUCGGUCGCGCAAGCGGCUCAUCAAGCACGCACAGAGGGACUAUGAGCGCGCCCUGGAGAUGCAGAAGACACCCGCUCUCCUGAAGCUUGCUACGGACGCAAACGCGUACAUCAAACACUAUAAGAGGCUCAUCGUUCUCUGA